AUGUCAGUUUAUUUUGAUUGGAUUCAUGAGUUAUUCAUCAACUUGAUUGGAUGGUUCUCAGAAGUAACUUAAGACAACUUAGUUGCCGUUUUGGGGAAUAACUGUUAGCAACAUCCGCUUAAUGGAACUCCAGUUAUUUGAUUUGGAUUCAAAUUGAAUUCUCAAAUCAUACCCAAAGCGUAAAGUUCCUUCAAUUGGAGGACGUCGAGCCCCAUUCUUGUUUCACCGAUCCGUUUAUGAAAAUUUGCCGGCUAAAGAUCACACACGCUUGCCGGCUUGCUGUCUAUAAAUAGUAAGGGUAACUGCACGUUCCUCCAAAAGGAAGGAGCAACGCGGGGUUGGGAUUUCUUCUUUCCAACUCCUGGUUGUGGUCCGAAGAAGAUGCCAUGAAUUCCCCCCUUCGAUGCUACCUGCCUUUUCCUAAAACCCUAGCUGCGACUGCUGGCCGUCCAUGUCUCGUCGAGCUACCGGCGAGAUCUUGCGAGCUUGGCCAUUCGUGGACUUCCAUGCCCCUUCGGCCAGUUCACACCAUGAGGGAUAGAAGCAAGAACCGGAGGCCGCUGCAGAAAGGGCGGAACCUCAGCAUCGAGGCGAUCCAGACGGUGCACUCCCUGAAACUGUCGAAGAACGAUGAGGUCCUCCGCGGCCGCGUAUUCGAAACGAAGGUCCGGCGGCUCAUCAAGGCGGAUAUGGUCGCGGUUCUCCGGGAAUUGCUCAGGCAGGACGAGUGCCUGCUGGCCGUCCAGGUAUUCGAUGAUGUUAGAAAGGAGUACUGGUACAAACCUCAAGUUUUAUUGUAUACUGAAAUAAUUGCAGCACUGUUGAGGAAUGGAAUGAUUGAAGGUGCUCAGGUUCUUUUCUCAAUGAUGAAGACCGAGAUUUGUGAAGCUGAUGAUGAAGGUUUAAAUUCCCUCGUACAAACUUUGAUGUUGUUCAAUAUGCCUGGAACGGGCAUGGAGUGUUUCCAGUUGAUGAAGAAGGUGGGUUCUGAACCUGAUAAGUCAACGUUUAGAGCACUUGUAAAUCAUAUGAACGCCAAGGGAGAAUUCGAUGUUUCUUUGAGGCUUAGGCGUGAGGCAGAGAAGCAAUUUGGUGUGCCUUGGGAGUUCCUUAUUGCAGAAGAAGAAACCUGAUCUGCGUCCGGGAGAAUCACCGAAUGCGGAUUAAAGAAGUCAUGAAGUUGAUGUAAUCAUGGAAAUCUUCCAUGGAUUUCACUUGUGGAUAAUAUAUAACCGCGAAGAACAGGGCAUGUCCUUGUUAUCAAAUUCCUUUGGAUCCGGUUCAAUUUCU